UCCUUUAUCUACCCCACCUUAUCAUCUCUGUUCUCUACCAUAACAUUCACAUGUUCCUUCCUCUCUACUACAUAACUUCUCUAGCUACCAGAAAAUAGUCACAAUUCUUCAUAUCUGUUUCUAUCAAUUUUGGAAUUUUCUCGUCGGAAAAUAUGUCGAAUUUGUGUGACGGCCGCAGGAGGACUGGAGACGGCAAGGCGCCGGAGAGAUCGAGUUUCGUACAGACUUGUAACUUGUUGAGUCAGUUUAUUAAAGGGAAGGCUACUAUUAGAGAUCUGAAUCUCGGAGUCGCCGGCCAAACGGAAGCUGCAGGGAAAACUGAAACUGCAACUAUGGAUUUAUUAACAGUCAUGGAAAAACCAUCUAUUGAUCUAACAAAAGAAGAACACAAAUCCGUAGAUCUUGUUACAACAGAGUCUUCUAGAGAGAAGGAGGCCGCUGUAAAUGAGCCCAGCACGAGUAAAGAGGCACCAAAGGAGCCUAAAGCAGCCCAAUUGACUAUGUUCUAUGAUGGUAAAGUGAUUGUUUUUGAUGAUUUCCCAGCUGACAAAGCUAGAGCAGUGAUGUUAUUGGCUAGUAAAGGAUGUCAUCAGAGUUCAUUUGGGACUUUCCAGACUACAAACAUCGACAAAAUUAACACAUGUACUGCUGCCCCUGCUUCUUUGACAAGUAACAGAACUGAUUCUGUUGCACCACAGCAACAACACCUCCAGAUUAAGCCAGACUCUAGCUCUGCUGCACCGCAACAGCACAAGCACAAUCUGCCGCCACUCCAUGUUUGUAGUAGUACUAAAACUGAUCAUCUUAACCCCGGAUCAGUUUCAUCUGCACCCUUAGUAGAGCAGGAGCAACACAAGCAAAUCCAGUCACAGGCUGCCGGAAUUAGCAGCAGCUCCGAGCUACCUAUUGCAAGAAGAUCUUCACUACAUAGGUUUCUUGAGAAGAGGAAAGAUAGGGCAAUUGUUAGAGCUCCAUACCAAGUUGUACAUAACAAUCCUUUGUUACCAUCGUCUUCAAAUACUAAUGGUGAGUCAUCUUCCAAGGAUUGCGAAGAUCAGCUUGAUCUCAAUUUCAAGUUAUAGCCAAAACUCCACUCUCGCAGUGGGAAUUCCAUAAGCUAUUUUUUGGUUGACGACUGGAUAAGCUAGUAGUAUUAAAUAUAUAUUUAGAUCAGUGAUUUGAAGAUUAUUUUUCCAGCACAGCUUAGCUUACAGAUUAUAUUUCUUGUAUUAGAUAUUGUUUAUUAUUACCAACCGAAUAUUAUGACUUUU